AUGGACCUUCGCAAUAGGGAUCGGGUUUUAUCCGGGUCAUUCUCAUGCUUAGCUACCAUCAUUUUUCUAUUAGGGAGUGUCCUGGCUUUGGUAGAAGCUGGAGGGGACAAGACUGAUCGACUGGCUCUCUUGGAAUUUAAGGCGCAGAGAGCUGAUCCUAGCAGGGUUUUGAGCUCGUGGAAUGAUACUAGCCACAUUUGCAAUUGGUUCGGUAUCACAUGCGGUCGUAGACACCGUAGAGUCACCGUAUUGGACCUUGCCUCCAAUAACCUGUUCGGGAUCGUGCCACCCCAUAUUGGUAAUUUGAGCUUCCUGAGAGCAGUCUUUUUGCAGAACAACAACUUCUACUCUGGAAUUCCCCCACAAUUUGGCCGCUUGUUUCGGUUGCGGAUGUUGCUCCUCAAUAACAACUUGUUCAGUGGACAAAUCCCUUCAAAUCUCUCCCAUUGCUCUAAUUUGCUCAAUCUUGACUUAAGCUUCAACAUGCUCGAAGGAAAUUUGCAUGCAGAACUUAGCUGCUUGUCCAAGCUCCAUUCACUCAUUCUUCAACACAACAAGUUGACGGGAAACAUGCCCCCGUCAUUCGGAAACCUCUCCUCUCUUCACGUCUUUGCAACAUCUUCGAAUAACCUUGACGGUAUGAUUCCAGAGACUCUUGGCUGGCUUAGAAAUCUGAAAGUACUCGUUCUCACCAUGAAUAAGUUUGUCGGUUACAAUUACAUUUCUAGAACCUUACCUUCUGGAAUCGGAAAUCUCAUCAAUAUGGAGCUCCUACAAAUAGUAGGCAACAACAUCUCGGGAAAAAUUCCUCCUGAGAUCGGAAAUUUGAUCAAACUGAAGUAUUUGGAUCUCGGUUCAAAUAAUUUCUCGGGGCAGAUACCAGAAUCCAUCGGGAAUUUAAGGAUGUUAACCAAAUUGUACUUGGACAGCAAUAAUUUCCAGGGCUCGAUACCAUCGUCUCUAGGAAAUUGCUAG